GCGCUAUUAGGCGCUGGCUCUGGAAACGCGUGUUUACGGCUUGUUAAUAACGUUUUUCUGAGAAAAAGAAAACGUGUUGCGGGUCGAUAGUGAAGUCACGUUGCGUUUGGAGUUCGUAUUGUAUUUGGUGGUAAAUCUUUGUGAAAUCUGAUUGUGUUCUUGGAUAAUGUCUUUUCGAACCAUGGCGUCAAUUUUAAUGCAGUGUGAAAGAUUUGUGGAUUCUGUUGCGGUCUUCAUUUUUAAAAAUCUAACGAACGGCUUCGGGCCGCCGGCGGCGCUCGCCGUGGCAGGUGGCGCUGCGUGGCGGCCGCCGGUGCUGCCACCUGCCGAGGCCGACGACGGCCUGCUGUGGGCGGUGCCAAAGCACCGCCGCACUGUGGAGCGUCGCACCACGCGCCGCUUUGGCGCCGAGAACUGGCCCAACGGACGCAAGUUGAUACAGCCCAAGCGCGGCCUGUUACUGUGUUUCAAGUGCGGUGGCCACCACCUCCCCGGCAUGCUGUGCAUGACCUGCUACAGUCGCGUGAUGGAGGAGACGCGCGAGAUGCAACGCGCCGUGGCCGCCGACCAGGGCCUGCAGCCGCCCGACCGCGAGGUGGCGGUGGUGUACCGGGGCGAGCGCGAGACAGUCGACGAGCAGCGGGCGCAGACGGUGCGGCUGGUGGAGCUACCCAAGGAACGGCCGCAGUGGUUCAGUAAGAACCUCUCGCAGAAGGUGACGCCGCCGCCGGUCGAGACGGCGGCCGUCAAGCCCUCGGACCUGGGCUGAGAGAGCGGGCGCUGCCGCGACUCUGGCCGACCAGCGGCCGUCUGAUCCCGGCCUGAUCCGCGCAGGCGGCGGUGCGGGGUCGCAUCCACGGGCCGGAGCGAGAGAUAAGGGCGUGGUGGCACCCGCUUGGCUGCCUCAGCCCGGCCCGCCGCGUGCCGUCUGGUGCUCGUAGUUGGUGUGUGACCGUGUCCACUGGCCCGGGAUCAGACGAGGCGAGGGGCGAGAGGUUCGCUGUGUAUGCAGGACGACGCUAAGAAGGCGUUCGGAAUUGGUGAUGUGAGUUAGGAGAGCAGUGAUUGGCUAGUGUGAGUUAGCUUUGCUGAAUGGUCGUGCUGUGUUAAUAAAGGCUUACCUUUGU